UAACGGUGGGCCAGUUCGAUACAUCAAUCAUUAAUGAAAACUGAAAAGAGUUCCCUCCAAAUUCGGAAAGAUGGAAACCGAUUUCCCUCCAAAUUUUUCUCACCCUAUUUUCAACUCUCAAAAUCACGCUCCUCUUUUCCUUUAACCCCAAAUCCCAAAACCCUAUCUUAUAGAUCUCAUCAAUUCAAUUCCAUCCAGAUGGACGCCACCGUCACCGACCUCAGUCCCUCCUGCAAUGCCGCCGCCGAACCGCCGCGCCGCAGUGUCCGCCGGCGACUGGUCCAGUCGACGCUCUUCCCUCACAAGCCACCGGAGCCUGAUCAAAAGAACGACAAAGAGGACGAACGCGACGAGGAUUACUCCGACUCUGAGAAUCACAAGAAGAGGAAGAAACCCAAGGCUAAAACAACUCCUCGAAAAAAAGCUUCCAAGAAUGCCACGCCAAAGAAAAAUGUGUCGGCUAAUGGGACUAACAAGGGGUCCACUUUGCGGCAGGUGUUAGCUGAUUCCGAUCGGGUUAUUGCACCGGUGCAUGAUUUGUUUUUAGAAGCGAAAUUGGCUGCUGAGGAAGAUUCGAGGAUAUUCACAGGACGGCAGAUACAUCCAUUUUUUUCACUGUGGAAGGCGGGGAAGAAAGUUCAGGACGUGGCUGAUUCAGGAAGUAAUUUAUCAACAACAAAGAGUGAGGAUGAAAGGACUACCUGUGGUCCUAUUCAUGUAUUUGAAAAUACUCAGGAUGACACCUCAUCCCUUGACUGGAGAAACUGGACGUUUUUGGAGAAUACUACCUCUAUGAACUAUGGUUCAGAAAGUUUAAAUUCAUCUGUUUUGGAGGCUUCUGUUGAAUCCUUGAAUUUUGAUAAGCUUCAUAGUUCCUUGUAUCCCUCAGGCGCUUCAAUUUCUCAGAAUUCCUUAUCUUCAGAUAGACUUUGUAUACAUCCAGAAAAUCUGGAAGAACUAUCACCAUCAAACUCAGCUUCACUAGCAAAGCAAACAUGUCCUCCGACAUGUGAAGAUGCCAAACUGGACUUGGAGGUGGAUGAAUCUGUUACUACAACAAUGCAAGCUGACAUUUUUAGAAAGUCGGAUACUGAACCACCAAUUAGAUUUCUUCAAGAAAGUAUGAGAUCUUAUUACUGUAGUUGUGUAGAUAAGGCAGAGAACAGCUUAUGGACAUACAAAUACAAGCCAACAAAGGCUGUUGAGGUGUGUGGUAAUGAUGAAUCAGUGAACUUCUUGCGUGACUGGCUACAUCUUUGGCAUGAAAGACGUUAUAAAAGCAGGAAGGAUAUCUCUGACAUGGAUAAAAGUGACAUGCGAAAUGUUGAUGAUGACGAUGAUGAUUAUAAAUGCUCCUAUAGUGAUUACGAUUCAGAAGAUAUAAAUGAGGAGGAUUCCCUGCAGAAUGUUCUUUUAAUUACGGGACCAAUUGGGAGUGGAAAGUCUGCAGCAGUCUAUGCUUGUGCCGAAGAGCAAGGGUUUGAGAUUUUAGAGCUUAAUGCAUCAGAUUGUAGAAAUGGAACUGCUGUCAGGAAUUAUUUUGGAGAUGCUCUUGGUUCACUUGGGUUCAAAAGGUCAUCAGAAAACACUGCAAGUCCACAGAAGAAAACUACGAAGUUCCCCUUGGCUUUGGCUUUGUUCAGUGGUAAAGCUGCUGAUGAGGUGAAUGAUGGGGUGGAUGAACUGAUAACCAUACCUGAUGAUGAAGCUCAUAUCCCCAGUGGAUCAUUACAGAAGUUACUUGGCAAAAACAAUGUAGUUGCAUCAUGUGAUAAAGUGCAAACUUUAAUUCUAAUUGAGGAUGUGGACAUCCUUUCUCCUGAAGAUCGUGGAUGUAUUGCUGCCAUCCAACAGAUUGCUGAGACUGCAAAGGGGCCAAUUAUAUUGACCAGUAAUAGUGAUAAUCCUGGCCUGCCAGAUAAUUUUGAUGUGCUUCAUGUUUCAUUCGUGUUGCCAUCACCAAAGGAGUUGCUUUGCCAUUUGUAUACUGUUUGUCUCACUGAGGGAGUCAACAUCCAUCCUCUUUUACUGGAGAAGUUUAUACAUUCUUGUGAUGGAGAUAUCCGAAAAUCCAUUAUGCAUCUUCAGUUCUGGUUUCAGGGUAAAAGAUUUCAAAAAGAUGGAAAGGCACAAACACAUUAUGGCUCGCUUCCAUUUGAUCUUGAGCUUGGCCAUCAGAUACUACCGAAGAUUAUGCCCUGGGAUUUCCCCUCAGAGAUAUCCAAACUAAUUGAGAAUGAAAUCACCAAAUCAACAAAUAAAAUGGAAGAAACUUCUAGAGGGUUGGUUACAGAGCUUCUUCACACAGAUGAACAGAAAAAUGAUUUAAAUGUGCAGUGUAUGGAAGCUGAUUAUAUAGAGGCCAAGAAGGUGGAGAUGAUUAAGAGAAAUAAUUCUUUGACAGAUUACAGCGAGCUUGAAAUUCAAUAUAAUGCUAUUUCUGAGUUUGCCAAUUCUUCUGAUUCCCCGCUUACAUCCUGUCGGCAAAAUGGUCGAAGGAAACUUGUAGUCAUGUCCUCUGAUUCUGAGGAUGAGGAUUCAAAUAAUAGAUAUCCUGUAGACACACAUGAUGAAGCUAAUACAAGACAAUUGAUGAAAGAAAAUAAUGAAUGUCCCUCUGAGCUUCAAUUAAAUGGAAACUACCCCAGCACAACACUUCGCAAGCUGGUUUGUUCUGAAUUUCAGCAUUCAGAGGAGGAACAUUUUAAAUAUUCAGAAACAGCUGAUGAUACAUGCUUAAAUGAAACAUGUAAAUCAUUAGAUGCAUCCUGUGUGCCAGAAUCAACGUUUGUUCCUGAGACUGAAAUUGAAAAUGGAACGGAGUCAAUUUCUGGAGCAGUGUCUUCUGGCCCUCUUGUUGGUCCUCAGGAUCAGGAAGUUUCUGUGAAUAAUGAGUUGAAACCAUUCUGUGUUCGAAGGCGCUUAACAAAAUUGUCGCAAAAUCCAGAUUUGUUGGAUACUGAAAUUUCAGACCAUUCUCCUAAAGGGGUUCUGCAAGAUGUUCUAGAUGAACAUAUAGAAACAAUUGUUAAUGUGAUGGAUGAGUGCAGUCGUGUGGAUUUCAAAGCAAAGCCAAUGUUUUUGCAGUCCAAUCCAUUAACAGAGACAGAAAAAAUACAAAAAUUGUGGAAAGAUCUUCGUGAGCGUCGCAUGGAUUUAAAACAGCAUGCUACCUCGGAACAGCUGGGUGCUUUUCAAGUUGUUAAACUUGCUAGUGGGCUGAACAAUCUAAUUUCAGAAGCUGACUUAUUUCAUAAACGUGAUAUUAUGGAACCUUCAACGUUCCUUUCUGGUGAAGCCACAUCUAGCUGGUAUCAUGAACAAAUAAUGACGUCCACUGUUGCUGAACAUGGGUUUUGCUUUUACGCUAAGCUUAUAGCAGAUGAAGCAUCAAAGUUGGGUUGUGCAAAUUGUGUUGAUAUUACUUCUGAGAUGUUGGCUUCCGCCAUUAAAUUAUCCGGACAGGAUCUCACAAAAAGCAAAGUUAUCUAUACUGGAAAGGAAGUAGAGUGGAAAAGCCCAAUAAAUAGUACGCAGAAGAGUGAAAACAAAACAUCUCAGUUCAAAGCCAUCCAAUCCAUUGUUCCUGCAAGAAUAUCCUUGGCAUUGAAAGGUGGUGCAUUCAAUGAAUAUCUAUCUUCAUUACGCGAAAUUACGAGGUCAGAAGCUUCCCGCAUUUCACAAGAAGUUGAAAAGAAUAGAAGAGGAAGGGUACGUGGUUUUCAUCAUUACUUGAGCAGAUGUACCACGUUGUCUCCUGAAGAUAUAUCUUUGGUGAGUGAGGGUAAUCUGUACAGAAAGGAUUCUUCACAACAUACAACAUAGAAGGCAAAUUAUAACUUCUGUAUAGGUUUCAUAAUGCACAUAAGCAAUUAGAAGAACGCGUUGACGGUUGACAUAGGAUAGGUCCGCGUAGUUUGUUUGAUUAUGGUCACGGCACGGGCUAAGAUUGUAAAUUGAACUAGAGCAGUGACAUGAGAAGUAGAAGAGGUAGGAAUUGACCCAAUUUAUGAAAAAUGUUUUAUCUUCUUACAAAGCAUAAAAUGAGUGUAGAAAUAAUUUUUGCAAAGCAUCUCUUUCAUCUUUGUAUCUGGAAAUGAAGAUGCACAAGAUCUAGUUGGUAUCUGAGACCCGUACCCACAUCCGUGUUUAAUAAUAAGAUUGGUGCUCGGAAGCAA